GCCAUCAUCAGAUCCUGGUUUUCUUAAACAGAAAAAUAGAUAAAAAUGAAUUUGAGUGUUGAGAGAGUUUAUUCACUGUUCAAAAUAUCUAACUGAAUAAUGCUUCCACUAGAUCCGCAUUUAAUCAUGACCUUUUUAAUUUCACCUAAGUGUAAUUUCCUGAAUGAGGAUCGGCUACAUUGUUUGCACAAUACAUAAUAAUUAAUGCUAAUUGUUACAAUUAAUACAUUUUCACGUCGGAAACUCCUGUCCCACAUUGCCAGCAUUACAUUUCGACAGUUUAUCCUAAUAUGCAGUGUGUGUUAUAAUUAAAAGAGAAAAAAAAUGAAGACAGUUUUUGUAUUUUUUUUUCUAUGUGUGAGCCAUGAAGUAAUCGGACUAAAGGCGAUGUAUAAAGGAUUUAACACAUUAUCCAUUGAGCCAAUAGAUUAUGGUGUAGGUAAAAAUUAUUUUCAUGUGGGUAUCCGUAAAUCCAUAAUUUGUAAAGGUGGUGAUAAAAACGACAAGGUGGAAUGGGUGGAUCCUUCUGGAAGCGUGGUGCCUCGAGUUGCUGCGAAUAGAGUGUUUGUCCAAGAGCAUUUUGUUCCCUCGUACAAAGCGCGCAUUCCAGCUGCUGUUCUGGUCUUCAGCCACCUUAGCGUGGAGGACAGUGGAGUGUGGCAGUGUCGGACUGAUCGGAAAACUAAAGAUGUGUCGCUAUGUGUUUUAGAUCCAGUGGAGUUUGUUGAUACACCGAAUGAGGUGACAGUGGAUCUGGGGCGAUCCAUCACAUUGACCUGUCAGGCUCGUGGGGAACCAGAGCCUAGACUCGUAUGGUAUCGAAAUGGAGAGCUUAUUGUAGACAGUUCUACAAAAUUCAUGAUAUCGACGAAGUAUAAUAGUCAAGGGUUUGAAGGUCUUCUGACUAUCAGGUCACUGGAGAGAGAAGAUAGUGGGAUUUAUGGUUGUGAAGCGAUCCAAGCAAGUCCGCAUGAUGACGAGUGUACUACAAGCAGUAGUAUUAAUAUAACGUUAAAUAUUAAUUACGCCCCUAUAUUCACAAACGGCAAUGACACGAGCGUAGUAUUCGUCAAAGACAACGAAAACGUGGAGUUAGUAUGUUUAGUGGAUGCUUUUCCGGAACCUACUUAUAAAUGGUACAAAGAGCUUGGUGACGUUCUAUCAGAAUUGUCACAAAGCGAAAUACACGUGGAUGAAGAUAAAACAAAAUCACACGUAUCUUUUAAUGCCAAUGAAUCUUUAUUUGGCCAAAGAUUUAGAUGUCGCGCGACAAAUCAGUAUGGGACUGUGGAAAAAGUGUUUGCAAUUCAGAGAUUGGAAGAACCUGACGCGCCUACGGAGGUUAAUAUAAAUAAUUUAACACACAAUUCACUACAACUCGCUAUUAUUUGGGAGGAAGAAGCGUUUUAUCAAGUUGGUGGUGCUGAAAUUCUAUACAUGAAAGCAGAAAUGGUAAAGAAAAAGGCCUCAUUGGAUUGGCGGAGGGCGAAAUCAGUUCAAUUAAGUUUAGAUGAAUUCGAUUCAAUAGAGAGUGAAAUAGGAGGUGCUCUUAUUACCCUACCAAGUUUAGACGCAGACACCACGUAUUGGGUCCGCGUGCGCGCGACCAACGAAGCUGGCUGGUCAGCAUGGUCGGCACCAAUCAAAGCAGUGACAGAUACCGAACCAGAGGUUGAAGAUACUCCUCAAGAGGUCCCAGUUAGCAUUCGUUCCCCGACACAUGACUCAGAGGCCCGUUUCUAUGGGCUUUUGUUCGCGGGAGGAGUAUUGGUUGUGGCUUUCGGUUCUAUGUUUGUUGUGAGACUCGUGUAGAAAUAUUUAUUUUUAAUUCAAUGUUUGUAGAUUACAUUUGCUGUGGCUUUGUAUUUUUUUAAUUUCGUGAUUGGCAUAACAUUUGUUUAAACUUAUUUAUUUUUAUGAUAAUAUAAUUUUCGAGCACGCUUAAAAUUGUCCAUACACACAUUGCGGUUUUGAAGAUUUUGUGAUGAGUGAGUGAAUGAUGUCGUAAAAUAUUCA